AUGUCCGUUUCUUUUGACAGAAUUGACAGUCUUUCAUCUGAAAGGACUAACUGGUGCAUUGUUGUUAAGGUUGUUAAGACUUGGCAAGCGUUUGAGGACGACGGCUUGGAGUACUUCAACUUCCUUCUAAUAGACGCAGAGGGGAAGAAGAUUGUUGGAACUAGCGGAAAUACUCAUUUUAGAGAUACUCUCCAGAGAUCUCUAAGUCUCAAUGAUUGGAAAUGUAUUCGCAACUUCAUUGUUGUUAUAGACCAAUCCGAGAUACGCUUGACGAGGAUCAGAGCCAAGAUUAUCCUCAUAGGCAGAACGGAAGUAACCCGAGCUCUAGAUCCACAUGUUUAUCAACCGAUGGAUUUGGUCACGUUUGAAGACGUGGUCCAUGGUACUAGCCAAAUGGGUGAAACUUAUCAUGUUGGAAUUACCAGAUCAUGUGUCUUGUCAAAGGAGAACUCGCCGAUAUCUUGUACGAUAGAUGGCUCAACGACGGAGAUAUGGAUUUUGUUUGUGCUUUACACAACUGGAGAAUCAUUCGUCGACAUCGUAAGUGGAGGAUUCAAGAUGAUGAGCGAAGAAGACGGUAGUUCACGUAGCAACGAGAUCUUCCAAUGA